GCGACCUCGAGAGCGCACCGAUUCAUUAACGCUCUGUGACGCAACGCGACACACGAAUCUCACAAUGGACUCGAAUUCAAACUCGUCGGAGAUGUGUUGGCCGAAAUUAGAACUAGAUAUGGAGACAGAAAGAGAGAAACGUGACAAGAUUACUUGGAACUCCGAAAACACCAUACGAUUGAUUGAGGUUCUGGAAAAGGAUUGCCGCGAGCUGUGGGAUGUGAGACACCCGCUAAACAGGGACAGAAUAUCGAGACAAUCGAAGCACGAGUAUUUGGCUUGUAUGUUUGGGACUACAGCUGAAGAAAUAAGCAGGAAAAUUCAUAAUUUGAGGACGCAGUUGAACAAUGAGUUGAGAAAAAUAAAGCGUCGUCAGUCGUCAGGGUGCCCGGAGGGGGGCGCGGGGGGAAGCGGCUGGGAGUAUUUUGAUGCCCUCUCUUUCCUCGUCAAGGAGCCGAUCGCGAUGGAAGACAACAUCGAAGGAGUCAAUUUAGCGCUCGCCGAAUUCCAAGCUGAUGAAGAAGAAGAAUUUGGGAUUGCUGCUCGAGCAGCGGCCAUGGAGUCUGGCAGCCCCCCCGCCAGGCCUCGUGGUAGGCUGCGCGUGGCGGCGUCUGCGCCCCCUCCGUUGCCCCCAAGUGCCCACCCGCUAAUGACGUGGCCCGAAGAAGCCGUGCCCAGGCUGAGACCAGGCAUCAGCUCUGACGAGUGUCAGAUAUUCGGCGACUUCGUAGCCUCGGAACUGCGCACCCUGCGAUCUGACGAGUCUCGGAAGAAGCUCAAGCGCAUGAUUCAGAAGGCGAUCCUGCAAGUUGGAGAGGAGGAAGACGUCAACAUCAUCUCCGGAUAGCGGCGUCGAAGUCUCUCGGCCAACUCCUCGGAGUAAGGUUGAGGGGCUUUUCCUUCUAAGAAUCACGCGCAUUCUCACAUUGUAGACUGUAACUACUUAUAAGAUCCUCACGGUAUUCUCGAAAUCUGUAAUUUAGACUUUAGUUAGAGUUUAGACUAUCUUAAUCUUACUACUUAAAUAUUUCGUAAGUCUUUUGCUCCACACGGUAUUCUUGAAAUGUGGAUUUUAGAGUUUUAGACUAACAUAGCCUUACUACUUAAGUAUAUUUCCCAAACUCUCGCGAAAAAAGGUAACAGCGUUGUCUAUGUAUCGGCAGUUGAAGAUAAGACAGUUGCUCUGUGGUUGCGGAUUAUAGGGAAACUCGAUCCUCUUUAGACCAGAUUAUCACCGUCCAUCAGGUGAGUGAGUGGUGUAGGUCAAGAAUUUCCCCGUUGUGGAUAACAAAAACAGACUUCAUAUUUUAUUAAAUUGUGAAUUCGCUCAAAUUUAAUCUACUCGUAGUUUAUGCAUAGAAUUUUAUAUUGUGUGAGUCUCAAUAUAAUUGAAUUCGUAUCAAGUUUUCUAGACUUAAGGUCUAAG